AUGUCCAACAAUAGUGGAUUAGAUAUAACAAAUUUGGAUGAUUUACGUGAUCCAUCGGGAAUCUUUUCACUCAUCGAAGUUGUGGGUAAAGGUACUUAUGGAAAUGUAUACAAGGGACGAUACACGCGAACUGGUCAGCUAGCUGCCAUCAAGGUUAUGCCAAUUACUGAAGAGGAUGAAGAAGAAAUUAAGCUGGAAAUUGAUACAUUAAAAAAGUUAUCGAAUCAUCGAAAUAUUGCUAGUUAUUAUGGUGCAUUUAUUAAAAAAUCUUCACCUCGUGAUCAUCUUUGGCUUGCUAUGGAAUAUUGUGGUGCUGGAUCAGUGGCUGAUUUAAUAAAAAGUACUCGCACGAAAUCACUCAAAGAAGAUUGGAUUGCUUAUAUUUGUCGAGAAAUUCUCCGAGGUCUUAUGCAUUUACAUGCAAAUCGUGUGAUUCAUCGAGACAUUAAAGGUCAAAAUGUAUUGCUCACUGAUAAUGCUGAGGUGAAACUUGUCGAUUUUGGAGUGAGUGCACAAUUAGAUAAAACAUUUGGUAAACGGAAUACAUUUAUUGGGACCCCGUACUGGAUGGCGCCUGAAGUGAUUCAUUGCGAACAAGACUCAAGUUGUACAUAUGAUGCUCGUUCAGAUAUCUGGUCAUUGGGUAUAACAGCUUUAGAAAUGGCUGAAGGUCGACCACCAUUAUGUGAAAUGCAUCCAAUGCGUGCACUUUUCUUAAUUAUGCGUAACUCACCACCUCGAUUAAAACAAUCACCGAACGGAUCUAGACAUUGGACACCAAGAUUUCAUGAUUUUGUCAAUAAAUGUUUAACUAAAGAUUUCCAUAAACGUCCAAAUACAUCAGAAUUAUUUCGGCAUGAAUUCAUUACAAAUUUACCAAAUGAACGACAAAUUAGAAUUCAACUCAAAGAUCAUAUAGAUAGACAUAGACGAAAUAGGCAAACUGAAGAACAUGAAAAAAUUUAUGAAUAUGAAGGAAGUGAUGAAGAGGAGGAGGAGGAAACUAGUGCAGCUGUUAAAGGAGCUGCUGCCGCUGCUCUAGCUAUGUCAGCUGCUGUUAGUGGCAAUGGUCAAGCACAUCGUCUACCUAGUCAAAUUAGCCAUCAUCCACCUCAAUUUCGUCAACCAACGGAUAAACCUCCCCAUAAUCAAGUGCUUCGAACUAGUGGAGUUCCUGAUCAAAACGAAGUAGCAUCGUUUGUUUCACAACCAUCUGUAUCUGGAUUAAACUAUAGACAACAUGGACAUAUGAUACAAAGUGGGAAUAUUGUAAAUGAUAAUGUACCAGUGAAUGCUCGAUUUAUCUCACGAAAUCCUAUGUCAGUAGUUAAUAGGUUACCUGCUGUUACGCCACAAUCAAUGAUGCCGCAUAAUAGUCGGUUGCCAAGGUUAGAUGAAGGUGAGUCAGGAACUGUCAAUGCUAAGGAACCAGGUGAAAAUACACUUCGUCAAAAUUUCGCUCGUUUACAGGAACGUGAACACCAUCCAUCUGUAGGUGUUGCCCCUCAACGAUCUGCCAAUGGACGCCCCCAAUCAUCUAGUCAUCACUUUCCUCAACAUUCACGACCUUUGAAUAGUAGUCGUGGACCACCGGCAUAUAAUCAGUCACAACAGCAAAUGCAUUCGAAUCAACCGAAACUGGGUGUCCUAGCUGCUGGGAGUCGUCUAGCUGACGCGGGUGGUUCAUCAUCUUACGCUGCUACUAAUACUACAGUCUCAGAUACACCUACAGAUAGCCAAUCUGUAACUAACAAUGAGGUUGUGUCCACGUCAUCGUCAGUUAAUAAUUCGGUCACUACACCCUUAUCAGUUAUUGGUGCAGUUGGUGAUAGUGGGCAACUUUCGCAUCAUUUUCCCCUACAACAUCAUAGAGCAUCUGUGCCAAAUCCUCCCAAUUCUUUUCAUCCGACUGUUGUUACUUCUUGUUCCUCAUCGUCAUCACCAUCGAUAUUUUCAAAUGAUCAUUUGGGCAAUUUACUUAUUUCACCAUUUCGUGCAAAACUUGCCAAUCCUGGUCCACCACCCAUUCCACUUCAUCAGCAGGUUCGUAUUAGUAAUUGCGGAUUGAACGGGGGAUUACAUAAUGCUUCAGGAGUACAACAUCAAACUGAUGAAGUGAAUGGCUCAUCUAGUAUAGUUGGCAUGGGUAACCCUGCUAGUUCUCGUCUUCAGCACAUUGUCGCACCGAAAUUUCCAUCAACCCGUCCAACAAGUCAGGCUGUACCACAUUUGGAUCUUCGUAAACCACCAUUAGAAUCAGCUUUACCCCAAUCAAUCAUCACAUCAACUAGUCCAGUUGUUAACCAAUCCAAGUCAUCGGUAAACGCAAGUAUAUCGAGCCCUGUUAAUCGGUCUAGUGGAGCUGCGAUGGCUUUUGCUGUAACAACUAGUACUGCCACCACCACAACUACGACAACAUCAGUGCCGACUAGUACAACAACAGUGACGACAACAACAAGUGACGUUUUUAAUUCUAACUUUGCUCGUCAAUCAGCAACAUCAAAUUUACUAUCUGGAUUCAGCAAUCGAUCUCCAGCACACCAAAUAUCCUUACUUGGUGAAAAUGUUUCAACUAAGAACAUCACUACAACUGUUGCAAAUAACGGUACAUGUAUAAGUAAUAAUCAUAAAAUGCAUUCAAAUCAAUCUGGACUUCGUUCACGUGCAAGUAAACAAUUGUCUAAUCGUCAAAAUUCAGGUGUUAUCCCCCAAAAAUUACAUCAUCCUCAUCAUUUACAUCAGCAAAACAAUCCAAAUCACAUAAGUAAAAAAUCUGAGAUAUCGCGUCUUGAGGAACUUGAUCAAUUAGCUGCACAAUUGACUAAUUUAGGCGCUGUUUCACCUAGCCCUCAUCGACAAAAUAAUCGAAAUCAGUUGAAUGGUAAAUCUGACACAAAAUCAAAUGAUAACCAACCAUCAUCAUCACAACAACAACACUACCAGCAACAAAAAUCUUAUGAAAAUAAUAAUGUAAAAUCAUCAACAUCUAAUGAAUUAGUUACAUCAAUGGAAUCAGUAUGUGCGGUUGAAAAACUGAAUCGAUCUAGUUCACUUUCUUCAACAUCAUCAUCUUCUUCUUCGUCAUCUACCACUAAUUCUUCUUCUAUAUCAUCUGAAUUUCACGGUAACGAGGGUUCACCAGUACAUGUGGAGAAUAAACAUUCAACAAGCAACUCAUCUACAAUGAGUAGAUCUCAUUCUGUUGGUUCAAAUCAUGAAUAUCACACGUCAAGCACUUUUUCUUCAUCCUCUGCUUCUACUAUUUCUUCAUGUGAUUCUAAUCAACGUAAAAAUCAUGAAAAUGCGUGUCGAGUUAUACUGAAUGGAAAACGACAUUCAGAAAUAGAUCCUCGUCGACUUACUGUUGUUGAGAAUGUUCGUGUGUUGAAUAACAAUAACAACCAAAUGAACCAUAAUACUAAUGUUGAUUCUAAUGAGCUUGAUGACUUAGAUAGAAUACAAAGAGAUCCAGUACAAUUCAUCGCUUCUAAUGAUGAUCAGAUUGACGACUUUAACUAUGGAGCUUACAACAUACAGAACGAUGAGGAAGAUGACGAGGACACUGGAGGCGGAGGAGAGGAAGAGGAGGAUGAAGAUGAAGGUGAUGUCAUCGUAGUUGAAGAAGAAGAAGAGAAUGGUGCUGAUCUAGAAGAGGCUGAACAGUUAAGGGCUACUUUAUCUAUUGUUCGUACACGUCAAAGAUCAUCAUGUGAUGAAUCGAUAAGAAAUGUUGAUGGUGAUGUUGGUAGUGCUGUCACAAAUGAAUCUUCAUGCUAUGUAGACGAUGGAACGUUGUCCAAUGCAGCAGUGAGAUGGCAUAAAGAGGGGACCUUACCAUCAGAUGAAUUUGCCAAAGAAACUUUAUGCAGUUUAGCAUCGAUUAUUGAGUCUACAUCUGGGACAAUUGACCGAUCUGGAUCUAAGGUUAAUCCAUCAACUGGGAAUAAUAAUGUUAAAUACACUGUUUCAAAUGGUUAUCCAAAUACAACUGAUCUGUCUUCAUGUACAGAUAAGGUGAAAGUUACAAGUUCAUCUCAAAAUGUUUCACAUAUUGGUGUCCCGCAUACAUCGUCAUCAAAAUUAAUUACAAAUGAAAAAGAAGGAUGUACAAAAAUACAAGAAACUCGAUCACCGUCACCACCACCACAUUCUACAGAUGCUACUUCUGCUGUUCUAGGCGGUCCGUAUAACAAGCCAUCAUAUCAACCAACUGAUAUAUGUACAAAUAUACCGACCAACCAACAUUCAUUAGGACAAUCCAACUUAGCUCAGAAAACGAACUCAAAUAAAGCACUUCCUAGUUCAGUUUGGUCAGUUCAAACAAACAAUAAUGUUGGUUCUCGAGUUUCAGAGCCAAGUCCACGUGGAGGUCAAAAAUCGAAAACCCAGUUAGAUAUACAACUUUCACAGUCAAGUUCUAAUCCUUCAUCAUCUAGCAACAGUGGUGGUUUAAUCAAAUCAAUCGCUUUGCCUAAUUCAUUAUGUGGUAAUUUAUUGAAUUUUAAUUUACCAUCAAUUAGUACAAUAACAAGUACAGUUAUUACAACUGGUUCAUAUUUAUUACCUACAAGUAUUAGCAGUGGUGCUGGUUGUAUAUCAACUGCUUCAAAUAAUAUUUCAACAACAAAUUCUAGUUUAAACAACAAUGAUACACCGGAAAUACAAGUUUAUAAAAAACGUUUUAAUUCGGAAAUUUUGUGUGCAUCUAUGUGGGGUGUAAAUUUACUGAUUGGUCUUGAAACGGGUCUUUCUUUAUUAGAUCGUAGUGGUGAAGGUCGUGUUUAUUCUUUAAUUACAAGACGAAGAUUUUCAAGGAUGGCUGUUUUAGAAGGUCAGAAUAUUUUAGUUACUAUAUCUGGACGUAAAAAUCGUGUACGUGUCUACUAUUUAUCUUGGCUUCGUAGUAAAAUUAUGAAGACGGAAGGAUGUGACAAGAAGAAUGGUUGGGUUAAUGUCGGUGAAAAUUUACAAGGUGCUGUACAUUUUAAAAUUGUAAAAUAUGAAAAGAUUAAAUUCCUUGUCAUCGCAUUGAGAGAUUCUGUAGAGAUUUAUGCUUGGGCACCUCGUCCAUAUCAUAAGUUUAUGGCUUUCAAAAGAUUCUCUGAACUCAAACAUCGGCCAUUAUUGGUAGAUUUAACCGUUGAAGAGAACACCCGUUUAAAAGUUGUAUAUGGUUCAUCUGAUGGUUUUCAUGCUAUUGACUUGGAUUCAAAUAUAGUAUUCGACUUAUAUAUGCCUUCUUUGAUUAAUUCACAUAUUACUCCUCAUUGUAUAGUAGUACUUCCUAAUACAGGUGGUAUGCAGUUACUUUUAUGCUACGACACUGAAGGUGUUUAUGUAGAUACUAAUGGAAAACUAACAAAAAUAUCGUUAUCCAGUGGGGUGAAGUUCCAACGUGUGUAGCCUAUAUAUCUACUGGUCAAUUACUUGGUUGGGGUUUAAAAGCUAUUGAAGUUAGAUCAGCUGAAACUGGACACUUAGAUGGAGUAUUCAUGCAUAAACGUGAACAGAAAUUCAAAUUUCUUUGUGAACGUAAUGAUAAGGUUAGUUGUUUUAUUGAUUCACUUGGAAAGAACGUAUGAUUUCAUAUCGAAUUAGAUAUUCAAGCAAGAUAAUAUCAUAU